UCGGUAUGUCUGUUCGGAAAGAGCGUUCCCGGCUGCCUCAGCUGCUGCUGCUAAUCUGCCUUGGUCUAUUCCCUGCGGAGGUUAUCACCAAUACCAUAACAAAUCCCUGCCAGAAUGGUCAGGUUUAUGCCAAUGGCGGUUGCAGUCCCAUUAUUGUGAAUGUGUUUAAUGGAUGCGGUGGUCAAACGGGGAUAACAUGCAAUACUGCUAAUCCUGUGGUUGUCCCUAGUACUCCAGGUUGCCCUAACGCUCCUUUACAACCUUUAGUGGUCCCAGUUUCUCCUGAAAAACCUAAAGUGGACCCAGUAACUCCUGCUUGUCCCAACGCUCCUUUACACCCUACAGUGGAUCCAGUUACUCCUGAAAAACCUAAAGUGGACCCGGUAAAUCCAGCUUGUCCCAACGCUCCUCUUAAACCUAUAGUUGAUCCGGUAACUCCUGCGUGUCCCAAUGCUCCUUUAAAUCCUGUAGUGGAUCCGGUAACUCCAGCUUGCCCCAAUGCUCCUUUAAAUCCCAGCGUUGUUCCUCCCCCAUGUCCUAAUAAUUGUCCAUCCUCACAGUGUCCUAACAAUUGUCCCAAUUCCUGUAAUAAUAAUUGCUCCUCUAACUGUCCUAAUAACUGUCCCAACGCUAGUACUCCAUAUCCGACCCUUCCACCCUCAACUUCCACUCCCCAAUCAACACCUGCUCCCCAACCGACUCCCAUGCCCCAACCAGCUCUACCACCAUAUAAUACACCCCGACCUGACCCAAUACCAGACCCUAUCCCUAUUCUACCACCGGCUCCCAUUAUCCGCUGUCCGGAAGGAACAAUCCUUAUAAAAGGCGUCUGUCGUCUAAUUUUCUGUGGAAGAUAUGAAAUAUACAACGAAGGACGCUGCACUCAGGCCCGCUGUCCUGCAGGAUAUGUUUGGACUGGAAUUCGAUGCUCAAAACCCAAGCCAGUGGAAAUCGGCAACAUUCAUAUAGAAAACUAUGUACACCAGGCAGCUGGAAAUCUGCCCCACCUAAUCACCAACAAUGUGAACAAUGUCGAGGUCAACGCCUCCAUCGCAAUCCAAGGACAAACCUCUGAUGAGGAAGAGGAGGAUGAGGUGGAGGAAGUGCUGGUACCAAAACCCCCUUCAGGUCCCUGCUGCAAUGUAUUUGCUCCCAGGAUUUGCAGCACCCAGGUGGAUCAGGUGGGAUACAAGUGCUUCAGCAGGAGCCAGCAGCAGUGUGGUUCCUUUUGCAGUGCCAACAAGGUGGUUCUGGCACCACAGAACGUAACCACAUGGACGCAGGACAACAACCAGAUGGUGGUCAUGCCACCCAACUGGGCGGGUCAGGGCUGCCAGUCCAAUGGAGGCCUUUGCCAACAGGCUCAGAACUUUUACGACUGCAGUGGCUGCGCAAUGGGUGACUUUUCGACCUGCUCCUCGUAUUGCUACUCCUACAAGUGCAGCACCCACAACUGCGCCUUUUAUGACCAGACCCAAUAUUGCUCUCAAUAUCCUGGUCAAAUCGGCUGCCGAGCGGAUGAUGGAUGGUUCCCAAUAUCGUAAAGAUAAACUAUAUCAAACCCUAAAACCAUUAAAAAUCUAAGAAUCAUGUUUUAACAACUCCCUAUUUUGUUUUUGAGUGCUAUGUAAAAAAUAUAUGUUUAAAAUGCUUUAAAAAAA